CCAGCAGCAAAGGAGAAGCCUCCCCAUCACACAGAUUCAGGCUCCACUUCCUGUUUGGAAAUGCCUCUGUUUCGGGCUUCGGGUGAACGUGGGGAGGCGAAGGCUCGGCCCGGGCAGAGGAGGACGAGGAGUAGGGAGUGGAUGAAGACGGAUGAAGAUGUCUCCGUCCUGUCGUUGACACGUCUGUGUCUGCUGAGCCUCGCAGACAACAUGACGGAAGUGUGGACGAAGGACUAUGCCGAUAACUACCUGGAUCAUUAUUCAUUCAGAUACAUCAUGGGGCCUUUCAACCUACUGCCGGCUGCGCUGGUCGAGGAGCUGACGCGGCUGCUGUGCAGCAGAAAGCAGAUGUCCCGGGCAGCUCUGCACCUCCUGCUGGUUCCCCAACUCCGUGGCCUGUCUCUGGGAAAGUGUCCCGGUCUGGUCACCUCCGCUCUCUGUGCCCACAUCACUGCACGUUGCCAGGGUCUGUGGAGUCUGGACCUGUCUGGAGCCCAGCAGCUGCCCUCCAAGCUGCUGUCUGAAACGCUCUGCUGUCUCCCUGCCCUGCGCUCGCUCUCCCUCGCCGGUACACCGUGUGACAGCUAUAUAAUCAGAACAAUUGCCCAGCGCUGUCGUUUGCUGCGCCAUCUGAACAUAUCUCGCUGUCCCUGCCUGUCCCCUGCUGCGCUACUUCCUCUCGGAGGCGGGCCUUCCUUUCCGUUCUCUGGCUGUCCGUCUACGUCACCGCGAUCUUUGGUUUCCUCUUCUUGCUCUGCGCCGCUGCCUGCUCUGCCCCUCAGCAGCCUGCUGGCUCUGGAUAUUGGGUUUGGGAAAGAAGAGGGAGACGCUGUAUCAGCAGCGGCCUACCUCCUCCUCUCCCUGCCCUGCCUGGAGACGGUGGAGCUGGAGGGCCUGGCGCAGGCCUGCUGUCUCAUCCAGCACAGACGCUUCGGACACACGGACCAGUUCAGUGACAGAGAAAGAGUUCCCCGGCUGGGGGAGGUGUGGAGGGAGUGGAGGCACAGGCAGGGCUCGGACAGAUCGAGGGAAAGGAGAGAAGGAGCAGCAGCAGGGGCAGAAGAUGAGGAUGAAGAAGAGGAGGAGGAGGAGAGGAUAUUGUUGAAUGAGUAUGGUUGUGAGACUGAGGGAGAUGAAGGGCCAAGUUGUUCUCAGAACCAAGCGGAGGAAAAACUGCAAGGCAGAGUCUCGUCAGGUGAUGAAUGCCUGAUCCUGCGCCUGAAGGACGUCAAGGGCUUAUCAUGUGAGUCUCUGGACAGUUUAAGUCGUGCGUGUCCAAACAUUUGCUCCGUAUCUGUGAACGUAGAGGAGGAUGUAGACACCAGAGGAGGGAGCCAGGGCUCUCUGUUGGCCGCUGGCCUCCGGGCGUGGGCCGGCCAGCUGUGGAGCCUCUCCGUGCACUUCCCCGGCCCUCUGCUGGAUCUACUUCCUGCCGUGGACGUUGCAGGCUCCUCUUUGGUCUCUCUCACGCUGCAGGGGGUGAGAACCAGCCCUCGCACGCCUCUACUGGAGGCCAUCAAGGCGUGUCCCAGACUCAGAGACCUGCUCAUCUCCGCUGAGCCUCCCACCGGCCCACAGGACGAAGAAGACGAGGACGAUCAGCGGGACGAUGAUCGGGAUCUUCCUCAGCUGCCUAACCUCUGCUCUCUCACACUCCAUUUCUCCUACGAGCACAGCCAAAUGAAGGCCGUCAUGUCCUGGAUGUCCCUGAAGAGGGCGCUCAAGUGUCUCCUGACUGGUUCUCCUCUCCUGGAGAAGCUGUCGCUGGUCUCCCUGCCCUGCCCUCUGGACUGCGUUUUAAACGACGUACUACGCAGAUCGGACUCGGAUGCGCAUCUCUUCGCAGAUUCCACAGACUCACCUCGCGUGCCACUUGGACGGCUUCGACGCGUCGAGCUGCCGCGGACGGAUGUGACGAUGGUUACAGUGAAAAGCAUAAUGCAACGGAGCAAGAGACUCAAAUACGUGGAUGUGAAUAACUGCUGGAAAAUCAGUCUGGUCGAGUGGACGGACUGCAAGACGUUCAGUAAAGUCCAAGUCGUCUGGUCGUAGUGGAGAGACGAGCAGCUUCCAAAAACAGGAGCAGCGCGGUUGAAAAGAAAGUGGAUUUACAACCCUUUUAAAUGUAAAUGAUGAUGGGGGGGGGGGUGGUGGAUAAAGUAUCCGAGUAUUAUUGAAUAAUUAGUUUUUCAUUUUUAAUUAGAAAAUGAAAAAUACGUAUGUGUGUUAUUUGUUUCAAACCGGAAACAGAAACAACCACGUUUCUGAUGUCAGAAUCAAACCAACAAUCAAUGAAAAACCUCCCAGUUUUUAUUUUUGACAAUUAAUUUUAUCGUCAUUAGGGAGUCACCGAAUCCAGAUUUUUGAGGUUCGGCC